UCUGCGAAAGACUGUGAAUUCGUUUGUUGUUACCAGCCUUAUCAUUCAUUGAUUGUAUGAUGCUAUGGCAUUUGACUAUUUAGUUUAAUGCUUAAUCGGCAGCUGACGUGCAUAUAGGAACAUAAAAGAUUGUUGAAAGAUGGCAGAUUUGGAAGAAGAACUAAUUGGAGAGGAUUUAGAUUAUGAAUAUGAUCUUGAUGAAGAAGAGGAAGAAGCUCUCUUGGCUGGUGAAGAUCCAUCUCAGGAGGUUGCAGUUGAGGACAUCAUUGAGCUGGGAGUUGAAGAUGAAUUUGAUGAUGAUGAGGGUGGGCACAUUAGCCACUCAAAAAAUAUCCAUAGCAGGUUACAAACAUCUGAUUCAGUUUAUGAAGAGGAAGAACUUCAAGAGCAUUACAAUGAAUCUUCGUUGAAUGAUGUACAUGUAGAAACCCAAAAUAUUGUAGAGGAAGAAGAGGAAGAGGAGGAGGAAGAAGAGGAGGAAGAUGAGGAAGGAAGAGGGCGCGAUAGAUUUAAGAGUGAACGGUCCAAGAUCUCUCUCACCAACACAACUAUUGAACGUAUUAUUCCAGAUUCUUUGGAUGAAGUGAAGGUAAAAAAAACAGAACUUGGAGAAAAUCGUAGAGGCCGUGGUGGGCGAGUAGGUUGGUGUCGUGACCGUGGUGGAGGUCGAGGUGGACAAUGGGGUGGGCAAAGAAGUGGACCCAGAGGUGGACCCAGAGGUGGACCCAGAGGUGGACCAAGAGGUGGGAUGAUGCCUUACCAUGGAAGCCCUCGUGGAUGGCCUGGCCCAAGACCAAUGCAUAUUAAUCCAUGGGAACGUCCACCUCUUCUUUUAAAUCCUCAGAUGCCAAUGUCACAGCCCAAUAUGGCUAUUCCCAGAAAUGGACCUCCUUUAAUGGCACGACCACAACUUCCUUUAGUCUCUUUGUCUGGACCUAUGCCACGGGGACCAGCUCCUCAACUGAACCAUAAUCCAACAAGUUUUCCACAGUUUUCUGUGAGAAACAGCUCUCAGUGGAGUGCUGGAGUUGUUCCAUAUGGAGCUGGUGCUAUCCUCUCCCAAUUGGUUAGUGGGGUUCAACUACCACCACAAGAAGACUUACGCAGUUCCCUUAAGAGGCGUUCAGGUGGUGAUCCCAUGAGUAUUACCCCUCCUAAGCACAUGAGAAUGAAUCCAAAUCAUGUCAUCACUCAACAAGCCUUAGCAAGAAAGAAGCUCCAUAAUGCUGUGAGCAGGCAGCGUGGUGGACUAUCCAAAAAGGGUCCCAUUUCCAGUCGUUUAUCUAUGCCUGGUGUUAAUAGCAACCCAAACUUGACAACUAUCAAAACAGUAGAUAUCAGUCCUGUUCAGAAGCAAACCCCAGGAAACCUGCAACAUGAUCAAGGAAAUAAACAACAGCAGAAUCAAGGAAAUAAACUGCAGCAGAAUCAGGGAAAUAAACAACAACAGAAUCAAGGAAAUAAUAAACCACGGCAAAUACACGGAAACCAACAGCAAACUCCAGGAAAUAGGCUGCAGCAGAAUAAAGGGAAUAAACAGACAGGUACACUUGUCAAGGAACUUACCAAGCAAGUGAAGCCAUCAGAAAAACAGUCACUAGAUCCUAAUGAAGAUAGCGAAUAUCAACGUAAAAUGCAACAACAAAAACAGCUUAGAGAGCAGAUAUUGGCCAAAAAGGAAGCACGGAGGAAGGCUGCAGCAGUAUAAAGGCAAAUGAGAUUGC